UCGACGGAACGCAGUAUGUACGUGCCCGUCAAGUCGUCCUCUAUGAAUGUUGCUGCUAGCUAACGUUGUUUUGUGCCCCGGGGUUUCUAACGUCCUUGUAUGUAUUAAUUAACCGUUAAUUGACCGUAAAACGAUGACAGCCAGAGGGACACCGAGUCGCUUCCUUCAGAGCGUCCUGCAGAACGGUCUCGGUCGGUACGUCUGCCAGCUCAAACGCGUCUCCAUCAUCUUCUCCAAAAAUGCACAGAGCUCAUUGGGAGUCAGGGAGUUCAUUGAAGAGGGAGUGGUGGAUUAUGCCAAGAAGAACCCUGCAACUGUCGUGUACGUGUCUCCUCAGUCAUGCAGGAUACCCAAAAUAGUUGCAGAAUACUUAAACGGUAACGUGAGGGAAGAAAUCGUCACCAGCAAAACGUCUCCGCAGAUAUCUGAGCUUUUGACCAAGCUGACUAAUCAGUCGGGCCUGGACAUCAUACGCAUCCGCAAGCCCUUCCACACAAACAACCCCAGUAUCCAGGGCCAGUGGCACCCGUUCACCAACCGGCCCCCGUCCAUCGGCCCCAUCAGACCACAGAAACAGGACGCUGAAUAAGGACUAUCCAAAGUUUUAAGUCAAAUUUGUUGCUUAAUUCCAGAUUGUUCUUGCAAGAUAUGUCAAUUUUUCUUAAGCUGUUCAAGUGUGUGUGAUCUGAAUUAAAUCACAGGUCAGGUAUGGUUGCAGCAA